GGGUGAUGGCUGUUUUUAGGUUUUGAGUAGACUUGGCCUUUUUUCGGUGCCUAAUUUUAAUAAAAGCUUUACCUGAAAAAAAAUAACAUAAAAAUGGGGGAAGAACUUGGAUGAAGGCACCCUCCCAUCACAGAAGCACACUAUAUGGCUGAAAAGUCAAACAAUCAUUACCACACUCUUGCGGAUCUAAUCCUACCACUCUUCAAUAUAUACGAACAUGCUUGGGACGAAGAUCCACCACUGAGGCUGCACAAUCGAAAGUCCAGCGUACUUCAUAUAAUAAGCUGCCGGCCGGCGACGGAGCUUUCCGGUAUCUUCUUUUCCCUCUCUAUCUGAAAUAAUAAUCUAUUAAUGGCCGGCGUUAUUCCGGUGAUCGACUUGGAGGACUUUCCGGGGCAGUCGCAGAAACUGGUGGCAGCAUGCGAGGAGUGGGGCUGUUUCAGGGUCGUCAACCAUAAGAUCCCGGCGAUUUUGACCUCGGAGAUGAGGUCGGUGGCCGCAGAUCUCCUAGGCCUUCCGAUGGAAAUAAAACAGCGGAGCGGAAAUAUCAUCGACGGCAGAGGGUACUUGCCACCCAAUGACAUUAAUCCAUUGCAUGAAGCAUUGGGCAUCUAUGACAUUUGCUUGCCCCAAGGUGUGCACGAAUUCUGUGACCUGUUGGAUGCUUCUCCCCGGCACAGUGAAAUAAUGACGAAGUAUCUUGAAGCCACAAAUGAGUUAGCCAAGGACAUCGCACGCAAGAUGGCCAAGAGCAUGGGGCUGGCACUGCCAGUUUGCGAUGGUUUGUUUGAAGGAUGGUGUAGCCAGUUUAGGAUGAACCAAUACAACUUCUCUCCGGCAAACAUAGGCUCCUGCGGCGUACCUAUGCACACGGACCCCGGUUUCAUCACCAUCCUCCUGGAAGAUGACAAUAAUGGUGGUCUUGAAGUUAUGGAUAAGUCCGGCAAGUUUAUACCCGCCGACCCCAUCUCCGGCACCCUCCUUGUCAAUCUUGGAGACGUUGCUAAGGUAUGGAGCAAUGGGAGAUUUCAGAAUGUGAAACACCAAGUUCAAUGUAAAGUACCGACAAAACGCGUGUCCAUUGUUACAUUUCUGUUGGCACCUAAGGAUGCGGUAGUGGAAGCCCCAUCAGAAUUUGUGGACACCAAACACCCUCGUCUUUAUGUUCCUUUCACUUAUCAGGACUUUAGACAGAUUCGACUCUCUAGGAAUUUGCAUUGCGGUGAAGUUUUGGACCUCGUGCGUGCAAAAUGAAAAAUGAGCUUAAAAGACUUUUGGUUAAAACUUUAAAUUGCCUUUGACAUUGUCAAAGGUACUAAUGGUGAAAUCCAUCUAUUAUGGCGCAUAUUGUAUUGCAACUCUUGGUGAGAUUUGUGUAACUUUAUGUCAAUCAAGGUUGCUAAACAUCGAUCCAGGCAUUUGGUUACAUCAAAUUAUCAUGUAUGUCCACACUAUUUUGGUGAC